UCACUCACCCGUCACUCACCUCACCCGUCUCUCCUCCCCUCACCCACCUCCUCACCUCCAAGCCGCACCUCGUCUCGUCUACCGCGAUGGCGCGACAGUGGUUUCAUCAGGAGCUGGAUGGGCCCACGGCGGGGGAGCUCCUCAUGACGUUCGGGGACGAGGGCAGCUUCCUGGUGCGACGCAGCGCCACCAAUUAUGAUGACUACGUCCUCUGUGUCAGGCAGGGGGAUCAGGUGCACCACAUCAAGAUCCAGCACACGGGCGACGUCUUCGACCUGUACGGUGGCGAGAAGUUCGCGGUGCUCGGCGAGCUCGUGCAGUUCUACACCGAGAACCGGGGCCUCCUGUGCCUCAAGGAGGGGGGCGACCCGAUUUUGCUCAAUAAGCCACUGCCAUGCAGGGAGCCGACGUUCAAUCGCUGGUUCCACGGCACGCUGCGCGCCACGGAGGCCGAGAAGCUGCUGCUGGCGCCUCGCGUCUCUGCCGGCUCCUUCCUGGCGCGCGAGAGCGCGAGCAAACCCGGGCAGCUCGCGCUCACGGUGCGAUCCCAGGACGGCGUCGAUGGCAAAAGAGGGCUGCCCGUGAUCAUCCACGUCCACGUUGAAUUCAAGGAGGAGCGCUACAGCAUCGGGGACGGAAAGGACUUCGAUUCCCUCGAGCAGUUGGUGGAUUUCUACCGCAGCCACCCCAUCACGGCGCACACCAAAAGCCACCCAAACCAUGAGUUCAUCUUCACAAAGCCACUCUGCACGUCAAGCCUGCUGGCCGCUGAGCUCCCCGCUCGCGUGCAGGAGCUCGAGCGGAGCAGGCACGGGGGCUCGCAGAAUCCCCGGGAGAGGUCCUAUGGAUCUGUGGGAAAGCGGUCGGCCUCUUACACCAACGGCUUCGGCCUGGAGUAUGAGACCUUGCAGCUCAAUGAACAUGCGGAGUUGACCAGAAACGCAGGGCAAGACCCAUGUAACAAGGGCAAGAACCGCUUCAAGAACAUCCUGCCAUUCGACAAAACACGCGUGGUGCUGAAAGGAGACCAAGACUACAUCAACGCAAAUUAUAUCGUGGUGAAGACAGGGGACACAGUGCCCCCGUGCCGUUACAUCGCCACGCAGGGCUGCCUGCAGAGCACCGUGGCCGACCUGUGGAGUAUGGUCCUACAGGAGCGUUCCCGCAUCAUCGUCAUGGCAACACAGGAGGUGGAGAGAGGCAAGAACAAAUGCUUCCGCUACUGGCCGGAGGUGGGCUCCCACCGGCAGUUUGGCCGCGUGAUCGUGCGGUGCGACGAGGAGCGGUUGAGCAGCCACUUCACCGUGCGGGUGCUGCAUGUCACCGUGGUCGGCCGCUCCGGUCAGGGCCACGAGGUUUACCAGUUCCAGUUCAAGGCCUGGCCAGACCACGACAUCCCGGAGGACCCCCGGAUGGUGCUGCGAUUCCUGGACGAGGUCAACAAGGUUCAGAGUGCGGUGCCGGAUUCCGGACCCAUCAUCGUGCACUGCAGUGCGGGCAUCGGAAGAACGGGGACCCUCAUCGUCAUCGACGCCCUCAAGGAGCAGAUCAAGCAGCAAGGGCUGAAUUGUGAACUGGACAUCCCUAAGACGAUCCAGGACAUGCGGAGUCAGAGGUCGGGGAUGGUGCAGACUGAGGCGCAGUAUGCAUUCGUGUACAAGUGCCUGGAGGUGUUCGUGCAGGACGAGAAUCAGAAGCUGGAGGGAGAGGGAACUGAGCAAAAGGAGGAGAAAAAGCUGAAUUCCUUUCCCAUCUAUGAGAACAUAAAGCCUGAAAAGUUCAGCAUAUCCUUGUGCUGACAGGACCAUGGGACACCAGCUCACCCCUCAUCGAGUGACCCCUUGCCUACUGACCCCUCAGACUUAUUCCUCUAACUUUUGACACCUCACCUACUUUACCAGUCACCAGUUGACCCCACGGACUACCCUUCUCCUCCCCCCCGACAAGACUUGUCUCAUGAGUGAUGACAAUUUCAGUCUUGGAACGUUGUGCCAAGUCUCUCGCUCGGUCUCACGCUGGCUCACCUCGGGUUUGCCUCAGGAUGAGAUGGGAAGCCUAGAGAUCGCUUGAGCCGACAAUGGGCGAUUUUAAUUUUUACAUAUUAUUUUUUACUUUAACACUUUCCGAAUGAAGUUAAUCAUUUGUGCAUUAGCUCUGUUUGUCCAAAAUGUACGGGGCCCCACGAUAACUCUCGUAAAGGAGAUCAGAUAUGAACAAAACUUUAGUGUAAAGUUGUAUUGUUAUUAGGGACUUGCGCUGGAGAAAACCAGUGGAAUUGACCUAAGGGGUUGCCCAAAAACUUGGGAUACGCAAAAUUACUGCUCAGUGAACAUGUAACGUUGGGGCCAACGUUGGAAUGUUUACCUGAUAUUUACAAACAUGCAAACGCGAUUGGCCCUGACAGCUACUGUUUGGCAAAUCGGUGGAUGUUGGUCAGCCUCGUAGGAUGGGGAUGGGUCAAAUAAUUCAUUGUCCCUCAUGGGAAUGGCCAUCAAAGUGGAUUUUGAGUCACACCUUCCCAGUAAAAAUUGAACGUUAGGCCACUGUUGGACCAAACGUUCCAACCAAAUGUCAACGUUGGACAUGUUUACUGGGUCGCUCUCCAAGGUGGGUUUCAGAUCUCCUUUCAACACUGCAAAAUGCCGUGUUGCAAGAUUGUGAUUUGAAUUCAGUGUGGAAUUUGACUAAAAAGUUGUGAAUUAUUUAUGACAAGGGCAGGGAAUUUCCUCGCCAUACAGCCAAUGGGAAAUGGAGCAGCCCCUGAUUUAAUUCGUUGAUUACGUUAAACGCAAUUCACGUGUGUUUAUGAAGUGGUCACCCAGCGUGGCAGUUGACAGGAUGGGGCAAGUUCAUUAAAUCCACCUCCCAUCGCCUCUGUCCACACAGAAGUGUGAACGGGUACAAAUGCAAUCGAUUGGCUGAUCGCGUGUCGCGGGGUAAAGUGUUGGGUGCUGCCACCUCUGGCCAGCGUGGAAGAGUAGGCCAAAAUUGCCUCUGGAGGGGCUACCGAGAGCUCCUGACAGCAGUGGCUUGAACGAGCAAUUGCAGGGCUGCUCCUUUUCCUUUUUUUAUUUUUUUAAAGUUCACAAACAGUAAGUUAAUAUGCACGUUAAGUGACGGUAAUAAUGAAAUACGCUUGUAAAAGUAAAAAUGUUAAUAUAUCAGAUAAUCACAACAUAUUUCUAAUAAUUAUUACAGUUUUGAUUUAAAGCUUUCGUGACUGCAGGGAUUCAUAUUCUUGGUUCCUUCGGUAAAGUCACGUAGAAGGGAACCAAGAAUAUAAUUAUUACAGUGUUAGAUUUUGUUAAUACUAUGUAAUAUUUUACGUAAUUUUUAUAAAGUACAAUGAAAUAUCAAAUAUGUAUAAUGUUAUAGCCAAAUUCAAAUAAAUAUAUUAUUUAAAUAAACGCAGUAUAACUGUUUUGAAACUAAAGUAUACUAAACUAUGUUCAUCUUACCAGGUAAGGCCCACUGAGCUAUAUAGCUCUCUUUCAGAAGCGACCUGGCGACAAAUGAAAGCUCAACUAAGUGGCUUAUCAUUUGGGAGAAGGCAGUAGAGCAAGUUGAUUAAUCUGCAUCUGUUUCCAUCUGGACAGGGUUUGAGUUGCCCUCUCUUCCACGCAUGGUUUUUUUUCUGGGUGCUCGAGUUCCUCCUACAUGCAUAAUAAACUAAACUCAUUAAUUGUCUGAAAACAUCUUAAAAUAAAUGUCCAAUGGAGCAGGACGCUCUUGAAAAAGAGUACUGUAGUUGGUAAUCAGUCUGGCGUUCCUGGUUAAAAUAAGUUAUUUGUUUUUUAUAUGAUUGAACUAAUGCGUCGGUUUCCGUGGAUGUGCUGCUGUGUUGCCGGGUUGUGCCGGGUGUGCUUUCAGCGUGAUGUUAGAUAUUUUGCUGAAUUCCUGCAGAAGCAAAACGUCGGACAUCGUCCCGAAAAACGUUCAGUACAACCUGGAGAGCUACGUUUAAUUAGUUGUGGGCUCUAUAAAUGCCAGCGUGGUCUUCAUUUCAAAGGCAAAAAUGUACCCAAGGUACAAUUUUGUCCAUGUUAACUGCCGAUGUAGCUGGAUUGCUAGUGUUAUAUUGUUAUAUGCAUUUUAUUCGUACAAAUAGAAAUAGCCUACAUUUUGCUUGGGCCUUUCAGCAUUCCAAUUUUGCUCAUAAACCAAAUCAGCUGUGGCGCAUUUGCCCACGUGACGUAACAAUUUUAUGUGAGUGGCUCUGUCGAUAGAUGGUGGAGGGUUGUGCUGUAGUUAAAAACUGACAUACCGUCACGAUCGAAACCCAAAAGAAACCAAUUACGAAUGGAUUGCUCGUGCGCCCAUGCAGAACUAAACUGCUUUGUGACCUCGUGUGACGAAACCUCACGAGACCACCACAGCUCACGUGCAUUGUCUUGCGUAGCCCCCCACAACCCCCGAGAGGCGCACACAGAAUGUCUCUGAUCCAGGUGCGUGCCCCACAUAUAGAGGAGCAAGGUACAUUGUUGUACUCAACGUAUGCGCUGCCACGCUUCACCAACCCGCAACGUACUGGCGAUGUGGUCAAAUAACCACCGUGUGGUAUGCAGGGGGCAACCUGAAUCUAGGUUUUCAGUGAAUUGACAAAUGAUCCUGUACAAUCAUGCAUUGGUUUUUUUUAAUGUCAUGCCAUAAGCACUUAAAUUUGAAGGGAUAUUAGUGAAAUAAUCUUGAAAGAGAAAAAUAUGAGAAAUCAACAUUGUUAACGAAAGGAAAGUCUACGUUAAAGGCAGGAGGCAAUGUUUAAAACCAUUUGCAUAAACCCUCGUUAAUUGGCUGCAGACAUCGCCAUGCAUGCUACGCCGCCUGUGUGUGUUGCGGCUCGCGAAGCGUGUGAUGCAGUCGCGUAAAUGAGCGCUGCUAUAUAUAGAUAUACAAAGGUAAUCUUAUUAACUCGAUAAUAUUUUGCAUUCACGUCAUUACCCAAGUGAUGAAUUGAGUUUCUUGCAGAAAACCUUUUGAGAGAGGGAGGAGCCAGAUGUUUUGCAUUGCUCACAGCCUCGCUUGUUGUGUCUGCUGACAAUGUUGUUGUUGUUGGUUGUGUUGAUGUUUGUGUUCAUGUACACGCUUAUCGUCACUUCGUGUGAGUCUUGUGGUAAUGGUGUUGAUUCCACGCUAAGGUGAGUCGUGGGAAGUACAGUCCUGCUCUGUGUGAUUUUUAAAAAAUAAAACACAUGUCUGCGCGUCUC